UUUUUUUUUUUCAAACAAAGCCUUUAAACCAUCCGUCCAGGUUCAAGGAAAAUGGCACCAAGACAAACGUCGCUGAGCCACCUGGGUCUUAAAAACCGCCGCAGCUAACCUUCACAAAUCACGACGCCAUGAUUCUUUUCCAAAAGCCAAUUUCAUUUCUCUAGCUCAAAGGAGUAUUGAAAACAUUGAAAAUGGCUGCAAAACUCGUUUGUCGCUACUUCUCCCAUUCCUACACUCCUGAAGAUAUUUCUCGAAAACAAAUGGAAUCACCAAAAUCCUCUCCAAUCCCUGACUUCGUCGUCAAUCCAAGAAGCGCAAAAUCAGCUCCUAUUCAUACACAGCAAUCAAAGACUUCGAAACCUCGUUCUAUUAGGCCCAACGAUCUCAAUCUCAUAAAGACUCUUUAUGCUCUUGUUGAUUCUGGUUCCAUGAAUAAUGCUCUGUAUCUGUUUGAGAAAAUGAACCACUCGGAUACCUAUAUAUGGAAUGUUAUUAUUCGAGGUUUUUCCAACCAUGGGUUGUUUCAAGAAACUAUUGAUUUUUACUAUAGGAUGGAAUGUGAAGGGAUUAUAACUGAUCAUUUUACAUUUCCAUUUGUGAUCAAAGCAUGUGGCAGGUUAUUAUCUUUGGUUGAUGGGCAAAAGGUUCAUGCGAAGUUGAUUAAGAAUGGAUUGGAUUUUGAUCUCUUUGUUUGUAAUUCCCUUAUUUAUAUGUACUUCAAACUUGGGUUCACCGAGUAUGCAGAGAAGGUUUUUGAAGAAAUGCCUAUAAGGGACUUAGUUUCGUGGAAUACUAUGGUUGGUGGAUAUCAAAUAGUUGGUGACGGAUUGAACUCAUUGAUAUGCUUUAGAGAAAUGUUACAUUCUGGAAGGCAACCCGAUAGACCCAGCAUGAUUAGUGCUCUUGGCGGUUGUUCCAUUGAGGGUUGUCUGCAUGGUGGGAAGGAAAUUCAUUGCCAAGUGAUUAGAAGUGGACUUGAAUUGGACAUAAUGGUUCAGACAUCACUUAUUGAUAUGUAUGCCAAGUGUGGUAGAUUGGAUUAUGCAGAGAGUGUAUUUAAUAGAAUUUCAUCUAAGAACUUAGUGGCUUGGAAUGCCAUUAUUGGCGGGUAUGCUCUGAACGGUCAUUUUUACGAGUCAUUUGCUUGCAUGAAAAGAAUGCAAGAGGAUAAUUUUAUUCCAGAUGCUAUUACAAUGAUAAAUUUGCUCCCAUCUUGUUCACAAUUAGGAGCUCUCUUGGAAGGUAAAUGUAUCCAUGGUUUUGCCAUUAGGAAAAUGUUUCUCCCUCAUAUAGUGCUGGAAACUGCUUUGGUUGACAUGUAUGGAAAAUGUGGAGAAUUGAAAUCCGCAAAAUGUGUAUUUGGUCAAAUAAAUGAAAAGAACUUGGUAUCAUGGAACGCCAUGAUAGCUGCUUAUGCACAAAAUGGGUGGAGUCGAGAAGCUUUAGAAUUGUUUCAACGCCUUCAGAAUGAGCCUCUCAAACCAGACACAGUUACAAUUUCAAGCAUCCUACCUGCCUACGCUGAAUUAGCCUCAGUGGCUGAGUGUAAACAAGUUCAUGCUUAUAUUACAAAAUUGAAGCUUUGUUCAAAUACUUUGACCUCAAAUGCAAUGGUUUAUAUGUAUGGAAAAUGUGGUGAUCUUCAGUCUGCAAGAAAGUAUUUUGAUGACAUGCUGUUUAGGGAUGUAGUCUCUUGGAACGUAAUGAUUAUGGUUUAUGCUAUUCAUGGGUUUGGAACAACUGCGAUACAGUUGUUUUCCAACAUGAGGGAAAAGGGCAUCAAACCCAAUGGGAGUACUUUUGUUUCACUAUUGUCAGCAUGCAGCAUCUGUGGUCUGGUUGAGGAAGGAUGGGAGUUCUUCAAUUCUAUGAAAGGGGACUAUAACAUUGAUCAUGGAAUAGAGCAUUUUGGCUGUAUGCUAGAUCUUCUUGGACGCACUGGAAAUCUUAAUGUAGCCAAGCAGUUCAUUGAAGAGAUGCCUUUGGCCCCAACAGCCAGGAUAUGGGGUUCUUUACUAACUGCAAGUAGGAACAAUAAUGACAUAGUCUUGGCUGAACUUGCAGCUAAGCACAUUUUGUCCUUGGACCAUGACAAUACAGGUUGCUAUGUUGUGCUUUUUAAUAUGUAUGCAGAAGCUGGAAGGUGGGAAGAUGUAGAGCAGAUUAAAUUUCUUAUGAAGAUAAAAGGCAUAGUGAAGACAAUUGGUUGCUGUAUGGUUGAGGUCAAUGGUAAAACUCACAAGUUUGUCAAUCAAGACAAGCAUCACUACCAAAUAAACACGAUUUAUGAUGUGUUGGAUAUUAUCUUGAAGAAGAUUGGAGAAGACAUCCACGUUGAUUCCCUUAACAAGUUCAGACCAGAAGACUUGGUUGAUAAGAAAAUGAAUUCGCCUAAGAAUCAUAGCGUCAAACUAGCCAUCUGCUUUGGCUUGAUCUCUACGACAAUUGGAAAUCCUAUCAUUAUUAGAAAGAACACUAGAAUAUGCAAAGAUUGCCACAGUGCUGCAAAGAAAAUUUCACAAGUUACUAAAAGGAAAGUAAUAGUGGGAGAUUCAAAAAUUUUUCACCACUUUGAGGAUGGGCGUUGCUCAUGCGGCGAUUAUUGGUAAGUGCAGUUGUUUCAGCUUCAUUUACUUCAAAAGAAGAAAAAAAAGAAUGUU